UUCUGACAUUAACACAAACCAAUUUUCUUGCACUAAUUAACAAACAGAAAUACUUUCUCAACAGAAAACAAGGGAAAAAAAGGAAAAAACCCGAUGAACAGUAUAUUUUCCGUCGACGAUUUCUCCGACCUGUUAUGGCAGGCGGCUCCGGUGACGGAUAUGAGUAGAAGCGCAUCGGAAUGGGAGUUAGAGAAGUUUCUUGAGGAGUUUCCUCCUUCCUCCUCCGUCACCAACACCAACCACCACCACAACAGCGACGCUGUUACCGUUAGGGUUUCGAAAUCGGCGACGAUAUCGUCUAAAAAUUGCGACGAUGACGUAAUAGAGAUUGAAAAGCCUCAAAUUCAACCUCAGCCAUUGGAUCGAGCUCGACCUCCAGCUCCGGCUCCGGCUCAACCUCCAGUUUUACCGGUGACUCCUCUUCCUCCGAAAGAUACUGAGGGUUAUCACUCUUUCCUUAAAUCACAGCUUGAUCUAGCUUGCGCUGCUGCUGCUGCUGCGAAAUCAAGGGAUUUGAGUGUAAAGCCUGAGGGUGUUUCUGGUCCAGCUGACGAUCCUUUGGUUACCAAGAAUUGUCAAUUAGGAUCAUCUCAUGUAGUUUCUGGUAAUGGUCAUGGUAUUUCAAAAGGACAGGGUGAAACUGAUGGUGGAUCACUUCGUCUUCCAGCAAUACCUUCUAUGCCCAGAAAACAAGAGACUCCAGCGAGGCAAGCAACUAGUGGGUCAUCUAGAGAAGAUUCCGAUGAUGAUGAAUUUGAAGGAGAGACAGAAAUCAAUGACAAUGCGGAUCCUACUAAUGUGAAACGUGCAAGGAGGAUGCAGUCAAAUCGAGAGUCAGCCCGACGGUCAAGAAGAAGAAAACAGGCACAGCUGAAUGAACUUGAAGCACAGGUUGGUCAACUGAGAGAUGAGCGGACAACAUUGCUAACGCGCUUAACAGAUGUAAAUAAAAAGUGCGAUGAUGCUUCUGUUGACAAUAGGAUUUUGAAUGCUAAUAUUGAAACAUUGAGGACAAAGGUAAAAAUGGCGGAAGAUCAAGUUAAAAGAGUGACGGGUUUGAACCCAAUGGCUCUAGCAAGGUCUCACAUGCCUAGCAUGGGGAUUCAGUUCGUCGCAGGUCAAGCAGAUGUUCAGCCGAACAACCAUUUCUUUCACCACUCUGUUCCUGAUUUUUCACCAGGUGCUCAACAUCUCCAGAGACUAAAUAAUAACUGUCCCAAUGGUAAUCUAACUCAUGCUACAAGUCUGCCUGCGGAUAAUGGAGGAGGCAACAUUGGCGGAUUGUCUCAGCCAGUUGCCAAAAAGAAAUGAUUCAGAUGAUUAUAUUCAUUUGAUAAUUAUUGAAAUUGGGGUUUGUAGGAAAAAGUUUGUUAUGGUACAGUUGCUGAUUUGAAUAAUUAUAUGUUAGUUUGUACUA